AUGAUAAAACCGCAAAGUUUCGCAACACCACGUCUCCUGCAACUGGUAUCAGGCCACGCCCCACAAACCACCGCCCCAUUGGUCAAACUAUCAUCAAGCUACAACACCAAAAUCACGAUCAAAGAGCUGCCAGCUCGCAACAUCCCAUCUCAAGCUUCAUCGUCGACUUCGCCAUCUACCAACCCCCCGCGCGCCAUGGCGACCCCCGAACUAACCAUCGCCAAAGCUGCCCUCUCAGCAUCUCUCUUCCGCGCCGACCCAGCAUCCAUCAGCCGUCCCUCAGUUGACACCUUCUUUCAACAAGUCGCCUCAACACUGACGCAGUGCUCCCGCCCCAAUGUCCAGACCUGCAAAGACUACAUCCUCAGCAACAUAAUCCACUCUAGUGGCCGAAGCACCGCGCUUGCAAAAUACCUCGUCGCCCUGUCAAACGCACAAGUCGAUGACGCGACACACCCUCGUCCCAGCACAAAACGCCGUCGUCUACACGUGCUCUACAUUGUCAACGACGUGCUGCACCACGCUGCGCGCCAGGGAAACCAAGACUUCCGUGCCACCGUGGAAGCGUACCUCCCUCCGCUGAUCAGCGCUGCCGCCUCAUUCGAAAAAUGCCCGAAACACAUCAAGAAGCUGCAAGAUCUCGUUUUCAUAUGGAAAUCAAAACAAUACGCUUCCGAUGCCGUGAUUCCCAAGCUUCAAGAAGCCAUCGCCGGGUCGUCCGUCUCCGCAGCCCCAGAACCAGUCAAUACGUCUCUCAAGCUCGCCAAGGAGACGCCCUUCACAAUGCCCUCUUUUCACGGCGACGCAUCGACAGCAUGGUACGAUUUACCGGCAGCGACGUGGCUGCCUCACCUGGUGCCGAAUUCCACAAAGCCAAUGCUUCCAGAUCUCAUUCGUCCAAUUCAACUCGCCCCAGGUCCGGCAGAUAAAGUCGUCACCGCUGCGGUAAAGGCGUUGCUUUCCGACGCGGAGAGAAUCUUCUCCCACGACAGAAGACCAGAUGACGACUCGCAUAUCGACGUGAAUGAAAUGGGCGAAAAAAUCGUAUUGGAUGAAGUUACUGGUGAAGUCAUUGGCGGAGAGACAUACUACGGCUGGUCCAGACGGUUCUGUGAACGAAUGAAGGACCGCAAACAAGGCAAACAAAGAGGCCGGUCCAAGUCUCCAUCGUCAGCGCGUGUCGCCUUCCAGAAGCCAAAGCCGCAGCCGCAGCAGAAGCUACACCCCGCGGUCAGCCUCGCACUCACGCUCGCACUCACGCUCACGCUCACGCUCACGCUCGCAAUCACGAACCCGCAGCCGCCGCAGAUCCUACAGCAGCAGUCCCCGUCGCGGCUCUCCGAAACCAUCUCCCCAGCCAACUGCCAACCCCAGUAUGCCAUUCAAUAUGCCCAUACCCCCCCUACCGGCAGGAUACACAGGUCCUUGGCCGCCGCCGCCUCCUCCCCUUCCUCCACAAGGCUGGAUGCCAGAUCCUACCUUUGCAGCUCAGAUGAUGGUAAAUUCAACAACAACAUGGUCCACACAGUGCAGAAUAAGAAUGCUCAACACAGGUGA